UGGACCUAAGUAGGCUUUACCAUAAAAGGAUAUAUUUGUAGAUAUAUAGGUACAUUUAUGUAUAGAAUCCAAGAGUUCAAGAGGGCAUUAAACAGAAAGUUUCAUGGUCCAAUCUCCCGAAGAGUUAAAUCAAACGAGUGCUCAAGCAAAGCCAUAUUUCGUGUGGGUUAUGUACUGCGUGAAUAUGCCGAUGACUGACACAGAGCUCUCUGACUCAGAAUAUAUAUAUGGCUUGGCAUUGGCAUCUGUAAGAGACUCUAGCUCUUUGGAUUUUCCAAUGCCACUGCAUUUAUUUCUCCUCUUCGACCCCAUUUUGACUUUUCUGUGUUUAUUGGGAAUCAGAAAAAUACAAAUUCAACAGAAAACAAAGUGGUGACAGCCGUUUCCAGUCUCUUUCUUAAUUAAUCUUACCCAUUCCCUCUCUUUCACUCGCUUUUAUAGAGAAGUUAGAAAGAUUGAAUUGUUUGAGAGCAUGGCGGUAAUGGGUACAGUGAAGAAAUGGUUGGGCUGGUCACAGAUGGCAGCGAGCAUGUUGGCGGUGCAGCUCUUUGCAACAGGGCAGCAGCUGCUUUCUAAAGUCAUACUGAGUCAAGGAACCUUUAUCUUUGCACUCAUGACCUACCGACAUUUGGUUGCUGCUCUUUGUGUUGCUCCUUUUGCUUUCUUCCUGGAAAGAGGUAAUGCAAAGAAGCUGGCCUGGUCGACUUGGUUCUGGCUCUUCAUCAAUGCCUUGACAGGGAUAACAAUGGCCAUGGGACUAUUUUAUUAUGGUCUUCGAGACACAACAGCUACGUAUUCCACCAACUUCCUCAACAUAAUUCCGAUAGUCACCUUUGUUUUCUCCAUCGUUUUCCGAAUGGAAAAGCUGGGACUAGGCAGCAGAGCAGGUAAAAUUAAGACUGUGGGUGCAAUUUUGUGCGUGGGAGGAGCGCUGACAACUAGCCUGUAUAAGGGAAAAGCAUUCUAUCUUUCUCAUGAUCACCAUAUUCACACACCUGCUGCCACGGACGUAUCCGAGACUCACUGGACUCGCGGAACUUUCAUGCUUGUAGGCAGUUGCUUGUGCUAUGCCACUUGGUAUAUAUUGCAGGUCAAAUUGCUCAAAGUAUUCCCUUCAAAAUACCGGGCAACGCUGAUAACAUGCAUCAUGGCGUCCAUACAAUCAGCAGCAAUCGGCCUAUGCUUAGACAGGCACAAGUCUGCAUGGAGAUUACAGUGGAACUUGCAGCUGGUUACUAUAGUUUACUCGGGAGCACUAAGUACCGCAGCAACAUUCUGCAUACUUACAUGGUCUAUUGCUAAACGAGGCCCAACUUAUGCUCCAAUGUUCAAUCCUCUGGCCCUAAUUUUUGUUGCCAUAUCAGAAGCUUUAGUACUUGGUGAACAAAUGAGACUCGGAAUUGUGGUUGGCACGGUUAUGAUAAUAGGCGGCUUGUACUCGUUUUUGUGGGGAAGAAAGAAGGAAAUAAAAUGCUUGCCUCAGCCAAAUGCGGGUAUUGAAGAAUUGGCAAAAGCGGUUCCUGAAUCUGGAGGGAUGCAGUUGAAGACCUUGGUUGUAAUGCCAACUACUACUUCACCUGUUAAAAGCGUUUAUGCUAUGGAAGAAGGAACUCUAAAAGAUUCUGUAAACUCCUGAAUUAAUUACGAACCCAUUUUCCUGAGGUUCUAUACUCGAAAACAUAACCCACCUUCCUGAGAAACUAGCUAGGCUCUUGAUUUUAGAAAUUUGACGAAUAAAUUCAAGGGUACUGUUUUAAAUAAAGUAUAUUGUAUUCUCUAGUUAUUU